CGCCUCUACGACACCGAGUUUCAGUUCUGUCUUUUGGCUCUCUGAACGUGAAGCUCUCUCAAAGAUUCCAUCCCAUCAUGAAGUUCCUGCUGCUGCUUGCUGUGCUUGCGGUCCUCGUAGCCAGUUCUUUGGCUCUGAAAAAUGAGAUCUGUGGCCUUGAGCAUUCCCGCAAUGGAGACGGACGCAUCUCCUGUGAGACAUUCAUUCCCAGCUGGUCUUUUGAUUCUGCGGCAAAUGAAUGCAUAAAGUUCAUCUAUGGAGGAUGUGGUGGCAAUGCCAAUCGUUUCGAUUCCAAGGCGGAGUGUGAGGCAAAGUGUUUGGAAUAAAUGUUAGGGAUUUACAAAACAGAACGAAA